GUUGGCAGUGAAAGCAGUUUGUACAGUAGAUUUAAAAUUACGGGCGAAAAGCAUUUAUAACUAAAUUGCAAACAUGGAGUCCUAUAGUGUGCCGGAGGUGGACAUGAUGAUGGUGUCCAAGAACUCGCAAUACGAGCGGGAGUCGCUUCUAAAGUUCGCACCUCCCGUUGGACUGACCAACAUCAGUUAUGGCGGGAUGUACAAGGUGGACUCGUUCUAUCUGGAGUGCCAGAAGUACCGGGACCAGUUCCGCGACCCCUACAACAAGCUGCUCCGCCCCAAGAUGUUCAGCACAUACAGGGGCAAGUGCGGCAUUAAGAUAGAUCCCGAACUGGAGCGCCUGAAGCGACCCGCUGCCUCGCAUGUGGAGUCCAUUCCGGUGGUCUAUCCGAUGGAGUACGGGCGGAAGAUGGACUUCGACAGGGGCUUCCAGAUGGAGGGACGCAACAGCAGGGAGUCGGCCAUCGCCCGCAGGUAUCCGUGUGUGCGUGUGCUGGGCAGAUAGAAGGAUACUACGGGAACGAUCCUAUCAAAAUUGCCAGUUGGACCUCCUUUUACUUCCAAAAUAAGCCAUCUUUGGCUAAGGCCGAGUUCUUGUUUCGGGGAUUAGUCAUGUUGGCCAUAUGAAGACGGCUUGAAAGCUCGCGACAAAGGGACGGGGCGUAGGUGAUGUCACUGUUUGAUGGCUAAAGAGCUGGAAACUCGCGAUUUGGCAAAAGUCUCCAGGAUUUCGAAGCCCCCACUUCCACUUACGUUAUC